AUGGACGUGUCGAACUACGAGUACCUGCGGUACCUGGGAAUACAGAACGAAGUGAAGAGAAGAAAGGUGCAGAAGAAAAUCAGCAUAUAUCAUGUAAUCGACAUUGUGAUCCUCGUUCUGCUCUUCCUGGGGUGCUACCAAUUUGAUGUCAAUCAAAGUUACCAAAAUGAGAGGAAUUUAUUUUACAGCUUCUACAAAUCCUUGGUGGAUUUGUUUUUCCUGAACGUGUUCAGAAUAUUUUAUACCAUAGUGUUGGCUCUUCUUUAUGCAAAAAUGCGUUCCUUGAAGAGGCUGGAGAAGGUGCAGAUCUUUACGAGGCACAUCACAGGAAUGUUAACCAUCGUAAACACGCUGAAGAUGAUCAAUUUGGAAUAUAACAUGAUCAGUGGAGGUCAGCCCACCGAUGAGUCUAACCGCAUCUAUGUGGGCAUCGCGAGGGUAGUUAUUAUGCUGUACAGUUUGCUUUCCUCCAUUUAUUUCUACUUUGUGCAUAUUCAGCUGUACACGAUGAAAAAGAGAACCAUCUUUGCGAAGGAUGAAUUGGAAAGGCUACUUGUCAGUGACUUGAAAUGUAGGAAGUACCAAAUGUUCGGUGCCAAGGGGGGAAGCAAUUUGCAGGAGACGCACGCCAGUACGAUGAAUAACGAUUCGAUUGUAGCUGAUUGUAAGAAUGCGUCGUUUUGGAACCAGUCGUACACUAAGCUGAGCGACUCUGACGAUGUGUUCAAAAGUUUGAAGAAGAAGAAGAGCUGGUGCAGGAGGAAUUUCGCGCAGAUGGGCAACGCAUUCGUCGAGAAGAACGUGAAGGAGGCCCUCCUCAAGAAGGAGAAGGGGAAAUACCUCCCAGGUAAACAGAUGGAAGGAAGGGGCGGUUUGACUAGCGGUGGACAUCAUGGCGCCUGGUCCUCCCCCUCCGGCAACGCCAAAUCGAACCUAACCCUCCUGGAGGACAAGCUAACGUACAAAGAAUUCAGCAACAUUCUUCUUCCGUACAUAUGGCCCAGUAGGAGAGUAGACCAAAAGGGGAACAGCCUAAUUCUGCGCACCUACGUCGUUCUGAUAUUCCUGUUUAUUAUCCUAUCAAAGGUGUUCAGUGUCGUCUGCCCUAUAUACCUCGGACUAGCCUCCGACGAAGUGUUAAAAAAAGACAUGAGGAACUCCUUCUUCUACCUCACCUUGUACGUAACCUUUUUUUUCAUCUCCAAAUUUUUAAAAGAGAUAUGUGGCAUCUUAUAUUCACAAGUGCAGCAGUCCGCUUUUAUUGAAUUACAAGAAUCCGUUUUUCAGAAGUUUCAUAACUUAUCCUAUGAGUGGUUCUCUACGAAGAAUGCAGGUGGGAUUAUGCGGAUAGUAGACCGAGGAACAGAAAGUGCCAAUAGCCUGAUGAGUUCACUUCUGAUGUAUAUCAUUCCAGCUACCAUAGAGGGAGUAGUUACCUGCAUCAUUUUUGUAAUAAAAUAUAAGAAUAGCCUACUAGGAAGCGUCCUCUAUCUUGGACUUACUCUCUACAUAUACGCAACGGUGAAAAUAACAAAAUGGAGGAAGAAGAUAAGGAGCAAAGCCAAUAAAAUGGAUAACGUCUACCAUGACAUCGCUCAUGAUUCUUUAAGCAACUAUGAAAAUGUAAAAUACUUCAGUAAUGAGAAUUAUGAAAUCAAACGGUUCUGUAGUGCCCUCUCUAAUUAUAAUAGGUAUAAUUUGAAGAUCCUUAACAGUCUGGGUGUGCUUAAUAGUGUACAGCAGCUGAUCCUGAAUGCCACUUUAUUCUUCACUCUCCUUUGCGUAAUUCGUAUGAUUGUAAAUGAUGGAGCGGAUAGUGGCACCUUCAUCAGUGUGGUAGUAUACACAUCCAAUGUGUUCGCUCCGUUAACCAUCCUAGGAACACUCUAUGCAAAUAUAGUAAAAGCCUUUACCGAUAUAAGUGACUUGACAGACAUUUUGAGAGAAAAGGUAGACAUGGCGGAGGACUCCGAUUUGGAACAAUUCUCCCUCACAUCACAUGAAAAGAAAUUUGGGGUCAGCAUUCAAUUUGUUGAUGUCAAUUUUCACUACCCAUCAGAGCCACAACAUAUGGCUCUCAAGGAUGUUAACAUAUAUAUACAGCCGGGUACUACCUGUGCUCUUGUUGGCCACACGGGUUCGGGAAAGACGACCAUCUCGAAACUGCUCUACCGAUUUUACGAUGCAGAGGGGGAGAUAAAAAUUGGAGGAAGGAAUGUUUCCGAGUAUACAAGAAAUUCAGUUCGAAAUAUCAUCGGAAUUGUUCCUCAGGAUACCAUCCUUUUUAAUGAAACAAUUCGUUACAACGUGCUCUAUGGGAAGCUAGACGCAACAGAGGAACAGUUAAUUGAAGCGGUGAAGUCUGCUCAGCUGUAUGAUUUUAUUAUGUCUCUGCCGAAGAAAUGGGACACUGUUGUUGGAGACAAAGGGGUGAAACUCUCUGGAGGGGAAAGGCAAAGGAUCGCCAUAGCUCGAUGUCUACUGAAAGAUCCAAAGAUUGUCAUUUUUGACGAAGCAACUAGCUCAUUGGACUCAAAAACGGAAUUUCUCUUCCAGAAGGCAGUGGAAGAUUUAAGAAAGAACAGGACCCUAAUUAUCAUUGCACAUAGACUUAGUACAAUCUCGUCAGCAGAGCUAAUUGUCCUGCUAAAUAAAGGCAGGAUUGUCGAGAGGGGAACCCACCAGCAUCUGCUCACACUGAAUGGAGAGUACGCGGAGAUGUGGAAUAUGCAAUCCAGAGCGAAUGAUCUUUUUACGGAUGAUAAUCUUUCAAAUGACGAGAAUAGGAGCGCUCCUUCGUUGGCCAGACAGGGGGGAGACAAUUAUCGGUUCGUCCCCGGUCUUGUUGCCAAAGCUAGCAGUGCGGUAGGUGCCUUCUCUGGUAGUGGCAAAAAGGACAACAACUACGGCAGCCGCAAGGAGGGGCUUGGACAUCUGGACGUGCGAAGCAUCGUGAACGAAGCCGUGAGGAGCGGCAUCAGGGCCGGCCGUGCCAACAGAGCGAGAGAAAAUAAACAGAUCGGUAGUAAACGCAGCGACAGCUGCAGCAACACGGAUGGAAGUGUCGCCAGAGCCAGCGAUGUUAACAGAGUCGGCAGCAUGAACAACAUGAAUAGCAUCGGCAAUGUGAGCGGAAUCGGCAAUGUUAGCGACUUCGCUAAUGAUGGCGGCUUCACCAGCGGCAGGAGCAUCUUCAGCCCCAGAAACCAGAACGUGAACAGCGUCUACGGAGGCGCUAACGAGAACUAUAGCACUAUUUACGAGAUGAAGAAGCAGAACGGCGGGAGCAUCUUCAGGGGCAUCGGCGCCAGCAAUGAUACAGCUCAUGGCAGCUGUGCAGACGAUAGCAUGGGGAGUGGAAGUGCUAGGAACGGGAGCGUUCGAAAUGGGAGCGUCCCCAAUGGACGCGUUCCAAAUGGAAGCGUUCGAGGCGGAAGUGUGCAGAGUGGCAGGCAAAGUGACCGUGGCAGCGUCCAAAGCGGAAGAGGAAGCGACCGUGGAAGCGUCCAAAGCGGAAGACAAAGUGACGGCGCCUCCAGCAUGAACGUGAACGACACCGAGCACGUAAGAAACGAAUUUUCCAGUGUUCGAAGCAGCAACCGGCAUAUCCAUGUGGCGAACAGCAGCGUUGGCGACACGAGCGGGGAACAAAUUAAUGUGGAUGGAGGACACAUCAGCGUCGGCGCGGACAGCCGCGAAAACAGUGUCAUAGAUGCGGGAGAGCAUAUGACCAUGGAAGCAGGCAGCAGCGAUAACAUGGCGAAUGAACCAGUCAACAGUGAGGACAUGGCGGUGGAAUCAAUCAGCACCGAGCACAUUACGGUUGGCAGGGGCGAGCAAAAUAGUGCUCUCGACAGCAGCGCGUAUAGCGGACUGGACAGCGCCAACAGUCCAGUGGAUAACGACACCAAUCAUAACAGCUACAAUAGUAGCAGCACGAACAACGAGAUGGACAUACGUGGAGAAGACAACAAUAUAAACAAUGACGCCAACACCUUCAGUGGCAGUGGAACCAAUGAGAACAACAUCACCACGAACGAUCUGGACAAUCAAGACUACAGCAGUGCCUUCCAGAUCGACUACCAGCUGGACCCAAGCGAACCGAUCACCAUGCAAGAGCAAGAGAGCAUGUACGACAGGACACUUGCGAAUGAACAGAUGAACCUGAACUUCAACGACCCGACAAUUGCCAACGAGUCCACCACCGCGAACGAUCCGACGACUGUCAAUGAUCCCACGACUGCUAACGAGGCCUCCGUCAGCUACGAUUACAAUGCAGCCGCGCUGGACGACUAUAGUUACGACGACGGGGUUGACAACGAUAAUUAUUGA